AAUAUGGAUUCCACACUUCACUAUAUUCAUAAUGAUUCAGAUUUAAGCACCAACAGUAGUUUCAGCCCUGAAGAAGAAAGAAAAUCCAAAGUACAGGACGUGGUGCCUCAGGCCCUGCUGGACCAGUACCUGUCCAUGACCGACCCGUCCCGCGCGCAGACGGUGGACACCGAGAUCGCCAAGCACUGCGCCUACAGCCUGCCAGGGGUGGCCCUCACCCUGGGCAGGCAGAACUGGCACUGCCUGAAGGACACCUACGAGACCCUGGCUUCAGACAUGCAGUGGAAGGUCCGUCGGACGCUGGCGUUCUCCAUCCACGAGCUCGCCGUCAUCCUUGGAGACCAGCUGACAGCUGGAGAUCUGGUUCCUGUCUUCAAUGGCUUUUUGAAAGACCUGGAUGAGGUCAGGAUAGGAGUGCUCAAACACCUGCAUGACUUCCUGAAGCUUCUCCAUCUUGACAAAAGACGAGAGUACCUUUACCAGCUUCAGGAAUUCCUGGUGACUGAUAACAGCAGGAACUGGCGUUUCCGUGCUGAGCUGGCUGAGCAGCUGAUCUUGCUUCUGGAUCUGUACAGUGCCAGGGACAUCUAUGACUACCUGAGACCCAUUGCCUUCAGCCUGUGUGCAGACAAGGUGUCCUCCGUCCGCUGGAUCUCCUACAAGCUGGUCAGUGAAAUGGUGAAGAAGCUGUACCUGGCUUCCCCAUCCACCUUCGUGGUAGACCUCAUGAAUGAGCUGGUUGAGAAGUUCUGCAGGUGCCACAAGUGGUCUGGGCGUCAAACCUUCGUCUUCAUUUGCCAGACCAUCAGUGAAGAUGACUGCCUGCCCAUGGACCAGUUUGCUGUGCACCUGCUGCCACACUUGCUCCACUUGGCAUCUGACAGGGUUCCAAACGUCCGAGUCCUGCUGGCCAAAACGUUGAAGCAAACCCUGCUAGAGAAAGAAUAUUUCCUCAAUUCUGCCAACUCUCAUCAAGAAGCUGUGGAACAAACCAUUAUGGUGCUUCAGAUGGAUGAUGACAGUGAUGUGAAGUACUUUGCCAGCAUUCACCCUGCCAGCACCAAGAUCUCUGAGGAUGCCAUGAGCACCACCUCCUCCACCUACUAACAGCCUCUGAAUGUUGCUCUCAUUAAAA